UUUAAACAUUUAGUUAACAUUUUAUGUAUCUACGGUCAUUUGUUUUAUUACACCGAUAACCAAAAUCAUUUUCCUUAAUUUUCCUUUUGUUUUUCAAGCGUUUAUGAAUACUACUGGGAUAAUUUUACUUUUUACCUCUUCCAGAAUACCAACAGAACACUUUCCUAUCAGAAAAGGUGCUGUUGAAGAAAAUCUAAGCAUUUUUGAUGUCCUAAAAAGUGAUGACAGACACAAAUAAAUAAGACAUUAAGUACUUCUAAAAUGUUAGCACUGGUCUACUUAUCAAUAAAUAAUGAUAAAAAUGAUAACAUUUUGACAUCAAAGCAAAACUGAAAAUAAUAAAAACAGUUAGGUACCUAAUACUUAAUAUUAAAAUUCUUUUUUGCUAUAAAUUAACAAUUUAUAAAUAUGGGAAGCAUGUCUCAAGUGGUCACUACAACAAAUCUGCCAAUGUAUUCAAUUCAAACGUUCCUUAAGAACUAUAUACUAGUGGCUGGUGGUGGCGGUUCUAGCAAAACUGGCAUAGCUAAUGGAUUUGAAGUAUUCAAGCUAAAUAGAGAUGGUAAAACUAUAACAAUGACAAAAGUAAUUCGUUACGAUAGUGGUCCAAAUGUAAUUAUGAACUGUUGUACAAAUAUAAGUGGUAAUACAGUUUAUAUUGCAGCAAAUGAGAAUGAUAGAUGUCGACAAUAUAUGGCUGAUAUCAUAAUAGAACCAACAUUUCAUGAUGGUAAGGCAGGUAAAGAAAUUAAUUUUAAAAUAACAUCAGGAGAUUCAUUAUUAACUGACUUCAGUGAAGAAGAACCCUUACAAAGGAUUGUGAAAAUUAACAAUGAUGGAAAUUUAAUGGUAACCGGAGGCACUGAUGGAUGCAUUCGUCUUUGGGACUUUCCAAUAGUUAAAUCAAAAGAUACUAGACCAUUAAAAGAAUACAAAUGUCAUACUAAAGAAAUUGAUGACAUAGACAUAAGUCCUGAUGGUCAAUUUAUAGUAAGUGUUGCAAAAGAUGGAAAAGCUUAUCAUUGGAAUACUGUUACUAAUGUGUGUUCAACACUUAUUCAUCCAGAUCCAGAUUAUGUAAAACAAAUAUUCAAAAGAUGUAAAUUUGGUGUAAUUGGAAAUAAACCGAUUUUUAAUAUAUAUACAAUUGCAAAUGGCCCUAAACAAAAAUCAUACUUACAAAGAUGGUCUGAAAACAAUAAAAUAAUUUACGAGUUAUUGUUUUCUGAGCCUACAUCAGCAUUAGCAGUACGUCAAGAUGGAUUGUAUAUUGCUGUGGGUACAAUGUACUCGGGAAGUGUUAGUAUUCAUGAAGCAAGUAACUUAAAAAUGAUUUAUAAUGUUAAACAAGCUCAUGCUAUGUUUGUUACGGGGCUAGAAUUUUUAAAUAAAGAUUUAAUGCCAGAUAUGAAAGCAGCAGUAUUAUCAAUAUCAGUAGACAACCGUGUGUGUCUUCAUAGUAUACCAUCUAUAAAAUUAGUUCCGUAUUGGAAAAUGCUCAUUAUAAUACAUUUUAUUUUACUACUAUUUUAUUUUAUCAUUUUUAUCUUGUAAUUAAACAUUAUAAAUUAUCAAGUACUUAGGUAUAAAAUAUUUGUUAUAAUUAAAAAUCUUUAAGAACUAUGCUCAUUACUGUUAACUAGAUAUUUUAUCAUCUUUUUAGUUAAAUUCAAAUAAUGUAAAAAUAGAGUUAUGGUUAUUUUUUAAAAUCAACAA